AUGGCUUCCUGUCUCAUCUUCUCGCCCACAGCCUGAAGGAAUAAAAGAGAUGCGAACGUCGCUCCCUUCCAAUGGCGGACACCUGGGCGUAGUUUGCAGACAUGUCAGUUGUUGACCAUACGACAUUACCCUUUUCUCGCGUAUUGUCCUCCAUCGACUGAGAAAACCGAAAAUGAUGCAUCACGUGACCUGUGGCGGCAGCAGCGACUACUGUAUGAGUGGCCCUGCAGAGGACUCUCACCCUGCAAGCUGUUUUGAUCUAUACAGCCUCCAAUCGAACAAGUUCUACCCAACAACGUCUGGGUUGCACCUGUCACUCGCAGGCUUGGCCCCUUUGCCACAGAGCAUGCACAAGGGGAUGAUGAUGCCAGGUCAGUUCCACGAUACCCAGAAUCCCUUUCAUCUUCAGUCGCUGAGAACCAAUACGGAGGCGGCUGCAGGCGCCAAGAAAAACACAGCUAAAGUGAAGUCGGGGAAGAGAGGCAGACCAUUGGGGACCACGAAGUUAGCAGGCUACCGCACCAGUACUGGACGUCCACCCGGGACCACAAGAGCCGCCGGUUUUAAAACCAGCCCCGGCAGGCCUGUGGGUACAACCAGAGCUGCGGGGUAUAAGGUGAGUCCUGGCCGGCCCCCGGGUAGUGUCAAGAGCCCAGCUCGGCUCAAGGUGCAGGAACUUGGGGGCGAUGCUACCAAGAAACUAGACUUCAGCAUCUGCACCAGUCCCAACAAACUGGAAUUCACCGGCUGCGACGUUCCGCUGCUUGACUAUUCCAUGCUGGAGAAGAGAGACUUGUGUGGGCCUCUUGUUAAAGCGGACGACGCCAACUAGCCGACCGCUGAAGAGUCCUGACCGUAUUGUCACUGUGCAUUGGAGGUGGGCGAUACCACAGUCAUCGGCAUCGAUAUAAUACCAGACAAUAUCGCCGAUACUUUUUACUCGGACGUUUUUCAAGAUCAUCGAAUGAUUUUGUGAUGUUUACCUUUCCUUUGUCGAUCAUGAUUACAGCAAGAAUAAUUUAGGCAAACACGCAAAUACAGGUAAAAGCCAG